AUGUGGGGCAAAGACGAAGACCGGGGACAACACGGAGGUCCCAGAAAGAUGGAGGCCGGGCGGGCGGUUAUCCUCGAGCAAGAUGUGGUGUCAGGUGCCCGGUCCCAGGGGCGCGGUCUCGCUCUCGGGACGACGGAGGUCGGGGAAAAGACGGAGGCCAGGCUUAUCCUGAACCAAUAUGGUUCGUGGUCCCAGAAAGAUGGCGGCCGGGACAAGGCCGGGAACCUUAUCCUCAAGCAAUAUGGAGCGUGCGGUGUUGCUCUCAUAAAGACGGAGGCCGCUGACAAGACGGAGGCCGGGAAGCAGUAUGGGGUCUCAGGCGGGGACGAGGCCGGAGCGCUUAUCCUCAACCAAGAUGGGGUUUCGGGUGCGUGGUCUCAAGCCGAAGAAGGCGAAGGCGGGGACGAGGCCGGCAGAGACGAGGCCGGAGCGCCUAUCCUCAACCAAUAUGGGGUCUCGGGCGGGGACGAGACCGGAGCGCUUACCCUCAACCAAUAUGGGGCGGGGACGAGGCCGGAGCGCUUACCCUUCAACCAAUAUGGGGUCUCAGGUGCGUGGUCUCAAACCGAAGAAGGCGAAGGCGGGGACGAGGCCGGAGCGCCUAUCCUCAACCAAGAUGGGGUCGUGGGUGCAUGGUCUGAAGCUGAGAACACGGCGGAGGCGGGGACGAGGCCGGAGCGCCUAUCCUCAACCAAGAGGGGGUUUCAGGCGCGUGGUCUCAAGCUGAGAAGACGGCGGAGGCGGGACGAGGCCGGAGCGCCUAUCCUCAACCAAUAUGGGGUCGCGGGUGCGUGGUCUCAAGCCGAAGAAGGCGAAGGCGGGGACGAGGCCGGAGCCCUUAUCCUCAACCAAGAGGGGGUUUCAGGUGCAUGGUCUGAAGCUGAGAAGACGGCGGAGGCGGGCGAAGGCGGGGACGAGGCCGGAGCCCUUAUCCUCAACCAAGAGGGGGUUUCAGGUGCAUGGUCUCAAGCCGAAGAAGGCGAAGGCGGGGACGAGGCCGGAGCACUUAUCCUCAACCAAGAUGGGGUCGCGGGUGCGUGGUCUCAAGCCGAAGAAGGCGAAGGCGGGGACCAGGCCGGAGCACUUAUCCUCAACCAAGAUGGGGUCGCGGGUGCGUGGUCUCAAGCCGAAGAAGGCGAAGGCGGGGACCAGGCCGGAGCACUUAUCCUCAACCAAGAUGGGGUCGCGGGUGCGUGGUCUCAAGCCGAAGAAGGCGAAGGCGGGGACCAGGCCGGCGGGGACGAGGCCGGAGCGCUUAUCCUCAACCAAUAUGGGGUCCCAGGCGGGGACGAGGCCGGAGCGCUUAUCCUCAACCAAUAUGGGGUCCCAGGCGGGGACGAGGCCGGAGCGCUUAUCCUCAACCAAUAUGGGGCCGGAGCGCUUAUCCUCAACCAAUAUGGGGUCCCAGGCGGGGACGAGGCCGGAGCGCUUAUCCUCAACCAAUAUGGGGUCCCAGGUGCGUUAUCCUCGACCGAUAUGGGGUCCCUGGUGCGUGGUGUCAACCCGAAGCAGACGAAGGAACAGGGACGAGUCCCCGCUGCGCUUAUCUUCAACCUGAGUCAGAGUUACGAGGCGCAGCCAACACAAGUGCAGCACAGGCCGAGCCGGCCUCUCUCCAACGGAAGUGCCGGGCAGAAAACGAAACCAGCUCACUGUGGACGUAUCGUGUAUGAUGUGCCACCGAAUCUGCGAGCAAAUCUUCAUCACCUGUUCAAGCGCCCGUCCGAGCAAGCCUGCAUGCGAGGGUCUAGCACCGCACGUAGCUCUCCCGCAACAGCCAUGGCAGGACAUUUUGAGCCGGACCUAAUUCGGCAGAUGAUUGCCCGCUUCAUGGACGAGAUUCGCAAGGUUCCCGUUCGUUUCGGCAUACAACAACCACUCGAGUCGGCAGAGCUAUCAGCGGACAUCACGCACGCCAUCGGACAGCUCUCGCGGCACAUGCACCUCGAUGAAACGGACUCACAGUGGCUCAUGUAUCUGGCAUCGCACCUCGAGCCUGAACUCGGAGCAACGCUCAUUCCUGCGCUAUGGAGACUCAAGGAGGAUGUCAUGAUGUGGACGGUACGCUGCCAGCGACCUCGAGAGCCUUCGCCCUUCAGUCUGCCACCUGCGGCAGCCGAGAGCGGAACCGACGGAGCCUGCGCGGCGCAAGCGCCAGCGUGGAGGAAACGGCCAUGCCCCGCCAGCCCCCAACAUCUCGGUCCACGAACAGUGCCCGAUCUGAAUAUGGCAUGCUUCUCUUCGGUCCUUCCUAACUGA